UUUUUUCAAAAUACAGUCAAAACUCUAUUACCUAAACAGACUUGCGCACGGGCUUUCGUUGAAGCAUAUAGUGCCAAGUUUGACAGCUAACUUUCCGGUAGUCUUAUCGCGUCAAUUUUACAUAGAGAAAGUUAAAAUCUCGAGCUUUUGGUGAUAGAAGUUGGACUUAUUUACAAUCCCAUCUUAUUGAAAAAUUGCUUUGUUUCUUCAGUUUUUCUCUUGCACACCCGACCCUGCUCUCUCCUUUUUUCACUGCGGUUUUACUCUUGCCAACAUGAGCAUAGCUAACGUUUCAUCCCCUGAAGAUAACUAUGGAAGAUCUGGAAACUUGUUACCACCUGAGAGACCGUCACCAGCAAUCUAUCAAAACUUUGAAGAGGGAGGUAUUUCAUUUGGGAACUACAUGAACCAGAAUGGAGACAUGACCUUUGAACAGAGAGUGAUCGAGAACUACUUGAUGCCGAGUGCAGGCAUAGGUGAGAACUCCUUGAUGCCGUGUGUAGGUAUAGGUGUGAACUCCUUGAUGCCGAUGCCGAGUGCAGGCAUAGGUGAGAACUCCUUGAUGCCGAUACCGAGUGCAGGCAUAGGUGAUUUGGUUUUUCAGCCCUCAGCAACCUUUGAGAACCCUGAUCCUCGUAUGAUGGGGAUGUCAUACCUUGAAAAUCCCUUUAAAGAGAUUGGAGCCUCGUCACAGUAUGAGAGAGUGACACCAGCAACCAAUCGGGACUUUCAAAAUGGAGAGAACGAAGAACUGGAUCAUAAUCAGAUAAACAAGUCGAUAUCGCGUAUAGGCAUGAAAAGACGCUUUGAUAAGCUUGACAAAUCGAAAGCUAAAAAAAAAGGCAUAGAGUACCAGUGCAACUCCCAACAAUCACCAAUGCGGAAAAAUAAAAAAUAUACAAAGGAAGAGCUUGCCGAAAAGAAAACUGGGCAGGAAAUAAGGACGGUAUACAGACAUCGGAUUGACAGACAGAUAGCACAAGAUAAGGAGACAGAUAUGAAAUCAGUGCUCGUCAAGCGAUGGCCAAUGCAACCGGAUGUGCAGGGCAUUCAGCAAGAGUUCCAAGAAGUAGCUAAUGCCAAUUUAGAACCAGAAGAGGAUAAGGAAAGAUCGCUAGAAGUAGCAUCCAAGUUUGAUAUAUUACAACAACAACGUAAAAAGCACUCAACAACAGCUGGGAACCGUGAUCGAUUGGAUUACAUCGUGAAUCAUUUAGGUUUAUAUUUCCAGGAUUCCUUCUUGGAGAAAUUAAAGGAACAGUGUUCUGGAAGGUCCCCAUCUCUACUCUCUGCUUUUAGUGAUCUGGUACACCAAGUUUAUGACAAAGGCAACAACAAAGUGGGGAAAGAAAGUUUCCCAGGCUUACAAGAAGAGUUGAAGAAAAUCAGUUGGGAGGAAGUUCCAAGCUUCCUUGAAUCUAUUGUGAGUCGAAUCGAAAAGGAUCGUGGAAUAGUUACUGAUUUUACCCAUAAACCUACUCAACUUCUGGUUUGUGCUGCAAUAAAAGAGAUGGAAGAUUUUUCAGUUAAGAAAUUUGACUUGGAUACGUUGAAAAAGUGGGGGGCUACACUUAAUAUGGCCAAGGAACUUGGUUUUCAAGUGAGAUUUGCGGAUGAUUUGUUAAGUAAGAAUUGUUUUGCCUACUUUGCUUACACACAACUUUUUGGAUGAGACUAAAAAAAGGAGGUUGGAGAAAUCAAAGGUGGAUCAGCUCUUAUUAUUGAGAAUAAAAGGUGUUUUGCAUUUGCAGCAAAGCUCCCAAAACUUAUUUGGUAUGAUGGACUUUGGGUUUCUAUAUUUACUUUUCUCUAUUUGAACUAUAUGGUUUUGGGUGUCUUUUAUGGACUUGGUGUUUUGCAAUCAUUUAUACUCUAUGAUUUUUGAGACAUUGAUAUAUUUCAUCACCAUGUGCUCAUCUAUGUAUGAAAUUGUGUUGGUUAUUUUACCUAGUUUAUUGUGUUAAAAUCGUAUAUUUA